AUGGACGACCAGCAGGUGCUCCUUGGCAUCUCCAGGAGCGAUAUGCUCGCCAGAAUAGAGCGUUGCGGCCGGGAUCCUGCGAUGCUGGACCUCGGCUCAAACAUGCUGCUCCACUUCGCGUACGAGUACCUCCCGGACCCGCCCGUCUCCCCCACCGCGCCCCUCUCGCUCGCCGGCGCGUCGUGGGUCCCCGACGGCGUCGACCGCAUCAGCCGCCUCCCCGACGAGCUCCUCCGCGACAUCAUAUCCCGCCUCCCCGCCAAGGACGCCGCGCGCACCGCCGCUCUCGCCUCGCGCUGGCGCCCACUCUGGCGCUCGGCGCCCCUUACUCUUGUCGACAGCCAUCUGCUCCCGGACGGCGGCGCCUCUGGCCCGUUGAUCAUCGGCGCUCCCUCUCCCCGCGCCGUCACCGGCGCAGUGUCCAGCGCCCUCGCGGCGCACCCGGGGCCUUUCAGCUGCGUCCACCUCACCUGCAGCACCAUGGACGAGCACCGAGGCGAGAUGGCGCACUGGGUCGACACCCUCGUCGCCAAGGGGGUCCAAGAUCUCGUCUUUGUCAACCGCCCUUGGCCGAUUGACCUGCGCCUCCCCGCCACGCUCUUCCGCUGCGCCUCCCUCACCCGCCUCUAUCUCGGCGUCUGGACACUUCCAGGCACCACCGCCGUGCCGCGCGGCGCCAGCUUCCCAAAUCUCCGGGAGCUCGGCCUCUGCAUGACUGUCAUGGAGGACCGUGCUCUGGCCUUCUUGCUCGAAAGAAGCCCCGUCCUGGAGUUCCUCCUCAUCAUGUGGAGCCAGACCGGAGCGCGCCUCCGACUCGUCAGCCACAGCCUGCGGUGUCUUCAGCUGGGCUAUACCCACUUGAAGGACAUCGAAGUGGUGGAUGCCCCUCGCCUGGAGAGGCUCUUCCUGAGAAAUGUAUCCUUGCCUGGAACCGGCAAGUUCACCAUAAACAGCCCUUCCAGGAUCAAGAUUGGCGGUGCACCCAACCUGCGUGUGCUGGGGUACAUUCAGCCAGGACAGACAGAGCUGGGGAUUAGCAACACCGUCAUCGUGGCUGGGAGCAAGGAGAACAUUGUCCCUAGUGUCCAGAUUUUGGCCAUAGACGUGCAGUUCGGUAUCCGCAAUGCUGUGAAGAAAGUGCCCGGCUUUCUCCGCUGUUUCCCCAAGCUGGAGACGCUCCAUGUCUAUUCCCCUCCCAUACCUGAAAAGUCCACCGGCAAGGUCAAUCUGAAGUUCUGGGAGGAGGGCGGUCCCAUGAAAUGCAUGGUGCAGAGCAUGAAGAAGGUGUUCUUCUACGAGUUCCAAGGGUCGAGAAGCGAGGUUGCUUUCCUCAAGUUCAUUGCGGAGAGAGGUCGGGUGCUGGAGCUGAUGGUGGUCGUGGUGGCCAAGGCAUGUUUCUCCUCGGUGGAUGAUGAUGUGAAUGUGAAGCUGAAGCCUCUGACGGGUGCGAAAUGGAGCAGCAAAGCUUGCAAACUACAGAUCAUCGAGAGCCCACGCACUGAUGUCGCAGGUCCACUCUGCAGGCACAAUAUAGUUUCUGAUUUUGGGUGGGCUGACCCUUUCGACCUCAGGUACUACUACAAAGCAGAAAGGAUCUCUGUAAGUUACAGUUAA